UGAAUAGACGUCGUAUGUACAUACACAUGCGACACAAUGUCAAUGAGUGGACGAAUUCUUUUUCCGUGACGACAUUUUGGUGCACUUGUGAGAAAUGGGAGCUGAACGAGCUGAAGAUAGGGAUCGCAGGGACCGGCGUGAUCGUGACAGGGAGCGUCGGAGGUCCCGCUCGAGGUCCCGGGAUCGUCGUCGUGGCAGUCGUUCCAGGUCCCCGAACAAGAAGACGCGUUCAAGACGACGGAAGCCGUCGCUGUAUUGGGAUGUCCCGCCGCCGGGCUUUGAACACAUCACACCGCUUCAGUACAAGGCAAUGCAGGCUGCUGGUCAAAUCCCGGCAAAUAUUGUGGCCGAUACACCCCAGGCAGCUGUUCCCGUUGUAGGAUCCACAAUCACACGACAAGCACGGAGGCUCUACGUGGGCAAUAUUCCAUUUGGAGUUACGGAAGAAGAGAUGAUGGAGUUCUUCAAUCAACAAAUGCAUCUGUCGGGCCUCGCUCAGGCUGCUGGAAAUCCCGUUCUGGCAUGUCAAAUUAAUUUAGACAAGAAUUUUGCUUUUCUUGAGUUUAGAUCCAUUGACGAGACAACACAGGCCAUGGCAUUCGAUGGCAUCAACUUUAAAGGGCAGAGUCUGAAAAUUCGUCGUCCUCAUGACUACCAACCAAUGCCUGGGAUGUCUGAUUCUACAUCUCUCAAUGUUCCAGGUGUCAUUAGCACUGUUGUGCCGGAUUCACCACAUAAAAUCUUCAUUGGUGGUUUGCCCAAUUACCUCAACGAGGAUCAGGUAAAAGAACUACUCCUGUCUUUUGGACAACUUCGCGCUUUCAAUUUAGUCAAAGAUGCUGCCACAGGAUUGAGCAAGGGAUAUGCGUUUGCUGAAUAUGUUGAUUUCAGCAUUACUGAUCAGGCAAUUGCUGGACUAAAUGGUAUGCAAUUAGGUGACAAAAAGUUGAUCGUUCAGCGCGCAAGUGUUGGAGCUAAGAACACUAAUGUGGGUCAAAUAGCUCCGGUUCAGAUUCAAGUACCAGGCUUGUCUCUGGUUGGUGCAAGUGGACCUCCAACUGAGGUUCUUUGCCUUCUCAAUAUGGUUACAGCGGAUGAGUUGCGCGAUGAAGAGGAAUAUGAAGAUAUCCUUGAGGAUAUUAAAGAAGAGUGCAACAAGUACGGUGUUGUACGCAGUGUUGAAAUUCCACGACCAAUUGAGGGUGUAGAUGUUCCCGGAUGUGGAAAAGUCUUUGUGGAAUUCAAUUCCGUAGUUGAUUGCCAGAAGGCUCAACAAGCUCUCACUGGAAGAAAGUUUAGUGAUCGCGUUGUCGUGACCUCUUACUUUGAUCCCGAUAAAUAUCACCGUCGCGAAUUUUAAAUUUCGUCGCGAUUUUCUUUCUUUAUUUUUUUUCUCCUGCUUAAACAAUUCAAUAAUUUUAUAGCACACAUACACACAUUUUUUUCUUUUAGCAAAAGGAAGUACCUACCUAUUACCGUUCUUUUGUGAAUAAAUCAAGUUUCGUGGAUAUUUUCAUCCCUAUAUGUAUGAAGUUCUAUUUAAUAAAAAAUGUAGGUACCAAUUAAAUAAAAAAAACUCAUAAUUGCAUACAGUUUCAGAUUUAUUAAAAAGAUAUAGAAUGAUACAUAAAUUGAAGAAAAAACUCUUAAAAAAUUUCAAAGAAGUUAAACAAGACAGAUUUAUUCUAUAAUAGUUAAUAAGUAAACGGAAUAAUAUAAAAGUGUGAACUUUCUUUAACUAAUUAAUCGUCUUUUUCCUUUCUUUUUUUAUAUAUUGAAAGGAAGAGAUGAUAAAUUUUCAAAUAUUAUGUAGCAUUUGAAAGGUGAAAUAUAUAAUAAAUAAAUAAAAAAUA